UGAAAUACAUUCUGUUAUGCGCGGUAUACUCCAAUGUACUCUUAUUCCGGACAAUUGUUUUCGGAUAUACGAUGGAGAAUUUACUAGUUAAUGAUGCUCCUGUGUUUCAGAUCUGUAGAAACGAGAAUUGUGGACAACUCAGUUACUCAAAGAUCCAGGAGCUGUUUGGUGGCUUGCUCUUCACGACGAAGGAGCUCCAUGGGAUGGAGGCGCUUGCCAACGACAAGCGUCUGCAGGACCUUAACCGCCAGGUGUCAGGGGACACCACCCUCACUAACUUCGUCACCGACGACGGUGGUUCAUGCUGCUCAACGAGGAUCGUUCACAUUGCGAACACGACGAUGUACAACCUGUCUGGGGAGCCGAAGAGCAUCAUCCAUCUGGCGGACGCUUCACCGCCCAGUUACCAGUACCUCCCUCAUGGAGCGUGUGUGCGCGUGGGUGGCUGCCAGGGCACGUGUUUGGUGGAGCCCAAGCUCGUCACCCUCCUCGUCUUCGACCUUUACGCUCCAUACUACAAGUUCGACUGGUUCUCAAUCCCCGGGUAUUGCUCCUGUAAGAACAUCUACUCGUGACCGGGGACAAGUCAAGAAAUAUGGCGUCGAGGAGAAGCUGUUUGGAAAUCACUUCAGUCGGUUGUGUUCUUUGAGGAUUGUUCAUCUGUGUACAAACCGCCCCACAAAUACAGUUAGGCAGUCUUCAAUUGUCGGACAUUUUACGGCCAGUAUGCGCUGUCACUCCAAAAACCAAAGAAGGAAUUCUGAAAUGGCUGAAAUGAUAGUAUUUAAGGUGCUAACUGUAAAGAAAAUUGUGAAUGUGUAUUAGUAUCAGCAUCAGGUAUUUAAGAAUUUACAAUUAGUGACGGUUUUGUCAACUGUUUAAAUCGGGGUUGGGGGUAGGGUAUAGUUAUUCUUAUUCUGGUCAAAAUUCUUUGGAUUUAUUUAAAUAUGAGUAUUUACAUUGCCACUGCAGAUUAGGCGCAUACGAUAUUUGUGCUUUCGUGGCAUAUUU